UCAACCCAAAACAACCUACACAUUAUUUCUUUCUUGCUCACCUCCCUACACCUAAUUGCCGACCCGUUACAGCACAUCAGUGUUCCCGUGUUAUUACUCUUUGUAUGCGAAAUGGCUUCAGACGGCUUAAUACCAGAAACUCGCGUGCUCGCGAUCGCCAGCCAUGUAGUCCAUGGAUAUGUUGGGAAUAAGAUGGCGACCUUCGUAAUGCAAUCCCUGGGGUGUGACGUUUCCGCUAUCAAUACUGUUCACUACAGCAACCACACGGCGUAUAAACAGGUCAAGGGCACCAAAACAUCUGCUGAGCAGAUGCUCGAACUGUACGAGGGCUUGCAACAAUCGGAUCUGAACAGCUUCGAUAUACUGCUCACAGGUUACAUGCCAAGCGCGCAAACAGUGCAAGCUGUCGGAAAAAUCGGGAGAGAUGUAAAGCUCCAAGCUGCAACAAAACCAGGGAGUUUUUUCUGGGUACUUGAUCCCGUCAUGGGCGACAACGGGAAAUUGUACAUACCCGAAGACGAGGUUCCUGAAUAUAAAUCGCUACUCCGUGAAGCAGAUUUGAUACUGCCGAAUCAGUUUGAGGCCGAACUUCUCUCCGAUACUACCAUUACCGACCUCAAUUCUUUAGCAGCGGCCAUACAAGUUCUCCACAAAACCUACCAAGUUCCGCAUGUCAUCAUAACCUCUCUCCGAUUGACCCGCGACAAUCAAACGCUCUCAUCCCGAGUGGCGUCGACCACGGCAUCGGGUCGCCAAACCCCUUCUGAGUCAACAGGCACACGAACUGACCUCUCACAGUCGGCUCUCGACUCUGCUGUCUUGAAAGAGGUCGAGAAUAUCACUAUCAUAGGCUCCACGGCGACAUCCGACCAUAAACCACGCCUCUUCAGGAUUGACCUCCCCCUCCUCCCCCUUUUCUUCUCUGGUACGGGUGACAUGUUUGCCGCGCUCACCAUCCCACGCCUCAUAGAAGCCGUGCACGCCUCUUCUACCCCUGAUCUUGCAUCGGCACCGAGCUGGCGAUCCCCCGAUGACGUGCCUGCGACCGAGCUUCCCCUCGCCAAAGCGUGUCAGAAGGUUUUGGCAAGCAUGCAGAGUAUACUGGGCAAGACCACGGAGUUGUGUCAGGAGAAGAUGGCUGCGUACGAUGUGCGGGCGGAGAAGGAAGGGUGUGGGCAGGGCGAUGAAGCGGAUGCGGAGAGGCAGAAGAAGAGACAUUUGGCACUCAUGAACGCGAGUGAGGUCAAGGUGGUGAGGUACGUGAAGGAAAUGUUAUACCCGCCGGAUCUGGAGCGCUUCCGGCCAACAGCCGUAGAAUUCGAGGGACAUGCGCGGUAG